AUGCCGGCAACGAUCACGGUCAACGAGAAUUCGCUAUGGACGAACCGAACGUGUCUUUGGAUGUGCUGCGUUGUUUCGAUGGCGAAUAUGCAGUACGGCUUUGAUAGCGCUGCCGUUGGUGCAUUGCAGGCCAUGCCCGGGUUUCUCAAAGUAUUUGGCUAUGAAGACCCGAACAGUCCUUUGGGAUAUGGAAUCGAUAGCACGGUUCAGCAACUCAUUACAUCGCUACUUACGCUCGGCAGCUUCGUAUCAGCCCUUGUAGCCGGAUACUUCGGGGCCUUUUUUGGACGCCGUGAGGGUCUCUGGGCUGCUUGCGCUCUCAAUGCAGUCGCCUGUGCUAUUCAGAUCGGAACAGACUCCGCUGGCGUUUUGUACUUUGGGCGUUUGCUGUUGGGCUUCGCAAAUGGAUUCCUUGUUACAUUCUCCAAUGUAUACACUUCCGAGGUGGCCCCAUCACAUCUUCGUGGUAUCAUGGUGGCGUUGUUCGCCUAUUGGGUGAACAUAGGCUCAAUCGUUGGCGCUGUCGUGGUUAAUUAUACCAAGGAUAUCUUAACAAAAAAUAGCUACCGGAUUCCCAUUGGUUGUUUGUACAUUGUGCCAACGUUCCUUGCCAUUGGCCUCUUUUUUGUCCCUGAGAGUCCCCGGUGGCUACUCCACAAAGGCAAGACGGAACAAGCAAGGCGAUCAUUGGAGAGACUUCGUCAUGGAGCCACGACCAGCGAGGAGCUGGAGCUCGAGUGGACCGAGAUGACAAAGGGUGUCGAGGAAGAAAAGCGUGUCGCGACGAGCGUCUCUUUUAUCGACAUGUUCAGAGGUCACGAUCUUCGCCGAACACUACUAUGCUAUGGAAUGAUCGCCUGCCAAACUGCUUCCGGGGUCUGGUUCCUCAUCGCAUACGCUACGUACUACUACACUAUCGCCGGUGUCACGAAGCCCUUCGAGUACUCGAUUCUCCAAUCGUGCAUUGCCUUCAUCGGCGUCAAUGUUGGCAUGUACGCUAUUAAGCACUGGGUCGGCCGCCGGACCAUACUCAUCAUGGGGGCGGCCCUAUGUGGCCUCUGCCAACUUGCCUCUGCCAUCGCAGCAACUGUUGAUUCGGCAUCACAAACCACUGGAAAGGUUUUGGUAGCGUUCACUGUACUGUUCAUGUUUUUCUACAACGGAUGCGUUGGAGCUGCCAGCUACCCCGUUGCAACUGAGCUUGUCAGCUCUCGAUUACGAGCUUGGACAGUCGGGUCCGCGACAGCGUUGGGCUACGUGCUUGCCUGGCUCACCGGCUUCUGUUCUCCAUACUUCAUUAAUCCUGAAGAGCUCAACUGGGGACCUAAAUACGGCUACAUCUGGUUCGGAUCCAAUAUGCUGUGCAUGGUAUUCUUUUUCUUCCUCAUGCCUGAACUUAAGAAUCGAUCCCUCGAGGAGAUUGACGAGAUCUUCGAAGCGGGCGUGCCGGCGCGCAAGUUCAGUCGGUAUGAAUGCAGGAUCGUCCAAGACACGAAGAAUGAGCUUGAUGCUCAACAUCAGCAGGGCAAGCAUAAUGGAGUUUUAGUCGAGAGUGCAGAGAAGGUUACAUAAGUAUUGAACGUCAUGUGCAUGUG